AUGAAAGCAGAAAAAAAGAGAAGACAGGGAAAGGAGGAGGAAGAAGCCGAAGAAGAAGAAGAAGAAGAAGAAGAAGAAAACAGUGAGGAACAAGAGGAGAAGGGGAAGGAGAACGAGAAGAAGCAAAAGAAGAAGAGGAAGAAGGAAAGAAAGAAGACAAAGAAAACAAUAAAGGAGGAAACGGGGAAGAAGAUGGAGAAGGAAAAGAAGAAGAAGAAGAAGAAGAAGAAGAAGGAGAGGAGAAAGAAAACCAUGAAGAAGAAAACGUGGAAGAAGAUGGAGGAGGAGAAGUUCAUCUGGACUCGGCAAGCACUUCACGUUGAUGCUUUCACCAAAAUAGUACUCUCAUGUCCACUAUUCAUCCAAGAAUUCAUCCGAGAAUUCAUUCCAGAAUUCAUCCAAAAGUUCAUUCAAGAAUUCAUUCCAGAAUUCAUCCAAGAGUUCAUCCAAGAAUUCAUUCAAAUCUGA